AUGCCUGGUCCAUCGCUCCUAGACGUGAAUGCUGCUGAGAACUGGAGGAAAUUUUUCAUGCAGUUUGAGAUCUAUCUUGUUGCGAAAGGUAAAGAUGAUAAAGCGGACAAACUGGAGGUAAAUAUGUUGUUACAUUUUGCCGCAUCAGAAGCUAUUGAAGAGUUCAGUCACUUUGUGUUUACUGAUAAAAAAGACAAAUAUUGCUGUUGCAAAUUCGAGGAAUUGUGCCAGGGUGCUAGAAAUGUAAUUUUUGAGCGACUGGUCUUUAAUCAGGGAAACCAGAAGGAAGGUGAGAGAACUGACAAUUUCGCCAGUGAACUGAAAAGACUGUCGUUAACUUGUGAAUUUGGCGACCUUCAAGAUUUGCUUAUUUGUGAUCAUAUUGUGGAAGGAGUUUUGUCUGACAAAUUGCGAGGUGAACUGUUGAAGAAAUGA